UUCACACCAUGCUAGAGCUUAAACUGACUGGAAAUUGCCUAAAGGGAUCCCGCCCACUCUUAAGCUUUGACAUAGGUUUUGAUGAGCCUCACUGGCAGGUCAUCAAGGAACUUCUCGUCCAGGUCUUCAGCACUCCAAACCAUCACCCAAAGAGUCAGCCAUUUCAUGAUCAUGUUAUGUCCUUUUCUAUUUUGGACAAUAAGAUUUGGGUUCGUAAUUAUGAAGUACUAGCAAUGGAUGGGAAAUUGGCAGAAAUUGGUCCACGAUUUGUACUUGAUCCCAUCAAAAUUUUUGAGGAUAGCUUUGGGGGAGCCACAUUAUGGGAGAACAAGGACUUUGUCAAUCCAAACACAUACCGUAGAAACCUGAGGAGUCAGGAUUCAGUGAAGUACUUAAAUAAAUUGAAUCAGCUGGAAAUACAGAAGGUCAGACCUGUUCAUGAUCACAUAGGUGACCCAACUAAUGAAAUCUUCAUGACUAAACCCCCAGAAGAAGCAGAAGGAGAAGAAAAACAACUCUUUGUAAGGAAGAGGAAAUGAAAUUGUCAAGUGUUGCUUUAAAUAUGUUUUGUAUUUGAAAUAUAAAGUUCUGUCUUGUAUUACA